AUGAGCAGUUCUCGCUCAUCUGUAUAUCGUCAAUCUAGACGAGCACAUUCUCCAGAUGAUAUGAUUGAUCAAUUGAAUAUUCGUUCUCGAACAUGUCAUUUAUAUACUUCUUCACGACGAGCCGAUAAUGAUCAAUAUGAAGAGACUUGUGAAUGUAAACGACCACAAGACAAACAUCCAGGUGAAAAAGUAAUAGAAAAUAUACGCUGGAGUAUGAAAUUAAAUACUCGAGAAGAAAUUAAUGCUGAACAUGGUCAACUUCAAACUGGUGCAUGGUUUGUUCGAUUAGCUAUGGAUACACCUGAAGAAAAAGUUAAACACAUUUUUCUUGAUGCUUGGAAACUUCCAGAACCUUUAUUUAUUAUAUCAGUUCUCGGUGGUGCUAAAUAUUUUAAAACAAGUGAUCAACUUGAAAUUAUUUUUAUAAAUGGUCUUUUUGAUCUAAUUCAAAAAUCAGGUGCAUGGUUAUUUACAAGUGGAUAUGAUACUGGUAUUGUUCGACUGGUUGGACGAGCGCUUCAUCAAUUUAAAUUAUCAAAAUUCACAGAAAAUUCCAUUACUGCUAUCGGUAUUUGUAAAUGGGGUUGUAUAAGAGAUGUAGAAAAAAUAACACGUCCAAUGGAUGAAGAAACAGAACAGAUAACUACUAAUGGAUUGGAUGGUACUAACAAGAAUAGAUUAAAAACACGCCGUUCUGGUGAAUGGGAUCUUGAAAUGCAUCAUAGUCAUUAUCUUAUGUUAGACGAUGGUACUAUUCGUAAGUAUGAAACAGAAGACUAUCGAACACGUCUAAUUACUCAUAUGGCAAGAAUAAAUAGUGAACAUGAUCUUUUCGGUGAUGAUCACAUUAUAAAUGGCUAUAAUUCUAUUAUUAAUCAAGUUUUAUCAAAUAGCUUUUUAUUUGAAAAAGGAAACUUAUAA